CUUCAUCAUUCAAACAAAGUUCAUUUCAUUUUUUUACCUUGUUUCUGCUCUAUUCGAUUUCCAUUUAGCUUUCUGCUCUAUUCAAUUUCCAUUUAGCACUAAAGUUCAGUUCAUAUUCAGAGUAGAAAUGAAUAAUAAUGUUUUGUUAGUAGUAAUAGUAGGGCUAGUUUCAAUGCUCAACUUCGAGGCCUGUUAUGCUCAACUAAAAAUAGGAUUUUACGAUGGAAAAUGUGGAAAUCAAGAUGUUGAAUCUAUAGUCAACAGUGUUGUGACGGGAAGUUUCCCUACUGAGCGAUCGAUUGCGGCUGCACUUCUUCGCAUGCAAUUCCAUGACUGCUUUGUUACUGGAUGUGAUGCAUCGUUGCUUCUUGAUGGAGAUUCAAGCGAAAAAAAGGCUGGCGCGAACCUAAAUGUAAGAGGUUAUAACCUAAUCGACGAAGCAAAGACUGCAGUUGAACAAGCUUGUCCAGGAAUCGUCUCUUGUUCGGAUAUUAUUAUCAUGGCGACUAGGGAUGCUGUUGCCUUGAGCGGGGGAUCUGCUGCACGAUAUGAAGUAGAAACAGGAAGGAGGGAUGGUAUUAUCUCUAGAGCUACUGAUGUCGAUCUUCCAGGCCCUGGUAUUUCAGUCUCCAGUGCUAUCAAUCAGUUUGUUAACAAGGGACUUACUGCCACUGACAUGGUUGUACUACUUGGUGGUCACACAGUCGGAAUUGCACAUUGUAAUUUUUUCCAAGAUCGUCUUUGGAAUUUUGAUAACACCGGAAGUGCAGAUCCGUCGAUGGACCCUGCCCUAGUCGAGACUCUGAAACUUCAGUGUCCAGAGGGUACAAAUGACGAAAGUGUUACAGUUAACUUGGACCAAAGCCCUUCAAGUUCCAAUAUUGUUGAUAAUUCAUUUUACCAAGCGAUACGUUCAAGCAGAGGUAUCCUAGAAAUUGAUCAAAAGUUAGCAUUGGAUCCGUCUACAACGGACGCUGUUGCCACACUGGCUAAUGAUGGAUUUAGAUUUCUUAAUCUUUUUGGAAAAUCCAUGGUAAAUUUGGGUGGCAUAGGUGUACUCACCGGUACUGAUGGACAGAUUCGACUCAGAUGUAACUCUGUUAAUGCGAAUUGAUUUACCUUGCUGCCGAUCAAAUUAAGCGAUUCUUGUAGUUAAACUAUUUCCAGUUGUUUUAUUUAUUUUCUGUUUAAUU